CAAAAACACUGAAAAAGCAUGCGUGGAAUAAAAAUAAUCACUUCUAAUUUAAAUAUCCUUGUUACGACGUGUGCUGUAAAACCGAAGUUCACGGUAAACAGCAGCAGCGUGCAAACAGGGGUGAACGUGAGCAAGAGGGCAAAAUUAAUCUGUCUGAAAGUGGUUAAUUUUCGAACUUUUUACAAUAUUUUUUAACUGUUCCUUAUAAACCAAAUUCUACCUGUGAUACCUGCGUAUCAGUUUGUCAACGAAGUUGAAAAUAAGACUUUCUUAAUCAAUACUUGAUUUCCACUCCAGGGGUAACUACUUCGUUCAAAAGAUUUGAGGCUGAAUGAAUCUGCACUCUGUCAAAAUCCAUUUUGUGCCACUAUUUUUAAAUUUGUGCCACAUCGUGGACAGUUUUCCUGUUACGGAUGGCUUUUUACCACCAAAGGUUACUGAUAGUAACAAUGGGGAAGUGCUUAAAUUACAAGCCGGAACCGCCAACAUACUGCAACCGAAAGCGCGCGAAGAGACGAUUAGGCCUUUGCAAUGCCCACCAAUGGUAACCUUUCGGGCUAACGGGAAGCCACUGAAUAUUUCGUGUCAGUUACUUCAGACAUCGCCUGUUCAAGACGUGGUAUGGAGGUACAGCCCUUUUGGGAGUCUGAAUCACACAAUGACACUCCUGGAUACAAACGGCCCCAAUUACUCCAAGCGCGAGAACGGCGACCUAACACUGACGAUCCACGCAGCGGGCUACAAUCAUGCCGGGAUCUACGAAUGCGAUGUGCAGUUUGCUAGUGGUGUUACAAUGUCGGACAGGGUCGCGCUGAAACUCGUACCAUUUGUGCUACAGAUGGCAAAAGUGAUCCGUGUUGAUCGAGGCGAUCCCACCACAAUCGAAUGCAUCGAAAGCGGCACUCCAAAUGUGACCUUGCUAUGGUCAUUGGAUAACGUAGCUUUUCCGGCAAAUAAUUCCCGAGUCCAACGGAACAACAAACAGCAGCCCAGUGGAUUAAUCAUUUUCGAUUCGGUCGAGUAUGCUGACGCCGGGAAUUACACGUGCGUGGCAGUAGGGGAGAGUGGCAACGACACCACGAGCACAGUUCUUAAAGUCAAAGAUCCUCUGCGCUGGUUCUAUCCACUGAUUGGAAUAUUCAUCUGCAUUUUAGUAUUGGUGGGGAUACUGGGGACGGAUGACUGGCUUAGACGAAAAUAUCCGGAUAGAGUGACAACAGAGCCCAGUGACACCAGUGUGGUCGUGACAGCCUCAGCGGUAACCCAUCAGGAAGGCACCAGACAGGAUAGCCUUCCGCUGAGUAAAAUGCUUCAACAAGCGAAAGACCAUGGAUAUCCUCACAGCGUGGUUUAUGCGGCGGUUAAAUGGCGAGCAAAGGUCGAAGAGCGGAAACGAUCGAACAUGGUUUUAGCUACGCGGGUGUAGACUUGAUACGAUUUGCAGAAAUCAUUUACGAUGUCAUUCGUAAGUUGUCUGCGGAUUGUGCAUAAUGGCUCUCCCUGUCAGUGUUGCAACGUGGUGGACGACGGUCGCGAUCGUGUCGAAAUUAAACUGAUCAUGAUGGCAGUUGAUGUGGAUUGUGGAUGACUGUCUAAGUUCCACAACCGAAACAGUUUUCGUCUGCCAACAUUUACAUGUGCAAUCUUUGUCCCGUUCGAGGACGUCAACGCGAGAUACAACUUCCGCCGGAAAAAAAGUUUCGUUUCACCCGUGGGUAGUCCACUUUGAUACCCAGGGACGCCGUGUGUUGCUCAAAUUGGUGUACUUGGUCAACCGGACACCGCUAAUAUUGUCACCAAGGGAUCGCUUCCGGUCUUUCUGUGCGGUGCAAAUAAACAUAA